UAUUAAGUUAAUAAUAGAACUCGUCUUUAGAAACUUAUACAAUAUAUAACUUAACCAAAAUGGAGGAGCGAGUCUGUUUAUUGUUUUGCGAUACAUUUUCUCAUGAUAAUGAACAAGAAAUGCAACUUGAUCUGGUUCGUUUUGCUCAACCAGUUUUUAUAACUGAAAUUCGAGUGAUCCCACAAGGCUGCAAGGUUCACCCACAGAUUAGAGACAGAUUAGGUGAAACAACUCCAUCUUCAUUCAAGCUUGAAAUAUUUGCCAGAAAUCUUUUAAAGCCUAAUGCUGCUGUUUUUGAACGUUUAGGAGUGUUAGACUAUGAAGAAGGAAAAAGUAUACAACUCAUUGUUCACACAAAAGUUGCUACAAACUUUGCUUUGGUUCGGAGUUGGUAUAAAGGGUUAACAAUGUGUAUAUAUGGAACAUUUGCUCACUUUCACCAAGACCCAAUGCAAGUUCCACCACCUCCUCCAAUGGAAAUAGCUAGACAAUUGCCUUUAACUAUUGAUAAUCAUCUGAUGAGUGCUUUACCUCCAGGGAUUUCUCAGAUUAAUCCUGCGUUAGGUCAAAUUGCUGGUCUACAACAACUUCAUAUUCAAACUCAAAAUAUGGAGGUUCAUUCUUCUAAUAUUCCUCCACAUUUAUCUAAUUACAGUCCAAGUUUCAAUCAAAGCCCAAGAGAAGAUCGUGAAGAAUAUAGACGAAUAGGAGUGGAUCGCAGGCGAGAAGAGGAAGACCGAGAUCGACGUGUCAAAGAUAAGCGUGAUAGAUUUGAUGAUGAUAGAAAGAGCGGGCGAAGAGAGUAUUUUGAAUUUCGCAAUGACAACUAUAAUAGUAGAGACAAUCACGAUAGAUUUGAUGAUAAACGUGAGAGAAGAGAUGAUCAUCCUACAGAUCAGAAGCCAACAAACAUAUCAGAUGAAUUGUUUGAGCCAUUAAGUCCUGAAAAUGAAUUCUUUGAAAAUCAACUUGAGGAAGUGUCUAAAAAAAGUGCUCAGAUUGCUUAUGAAGACAUAGAAAGCGACGAAGAUGAUAUGCCAAAUGAAUUUGACUAUGAUGACCUAAUAAAUGUUGAAUAUGACAAUGAUGAAGCAUGGCCAUCUGUUAAUCUUAGCUUUAAUCCAUAUCAAUGUACUCUUGCACCAUUAAAAUUUAUUGACCCAUAUAUUGAUAGCGAGUUUGAGCGUCUUGUGAAGUCUUUUAAAGAUCUUCAAAUUGAGCCAAUUCAAGUUAAGCAGUUACAAGAUUUUGUAGUAUCUGAUAGUGAAGCUGAACGAGAUGCAAAAUGGGUUACUAUGCUUGAGGAAUUACCUAAUAUUGUUCCAUCAGCAAUGGCUUAUCUACACUCUCAGACCUCUCAGAAAAUCAAGGAAAAGCAUUUUCUUUCCAUUAUUACUGAAUGGGCAGUUUUUGCACUAAAUAUGGACCACGCACUUUUGUUGCCACUUGCUGUAAAUAUUCGGUUUCUUAAAGCUGGUAUUAAACUAACAUGUCUUCUCGCUGAUUGCUGUGAAGAAUAUCAAAGACUUCUGUUGGAAUGCGAUGUUCAGAAUAAGUUAGUUGAUUUAUUGUAUCAAAGUCAUAUGGCUUCAUCAAUGAAAUUAAUUAUUUUAAAAGCACUUGAUGCUACUACCAACACUGUGUUUGGGAUGGAGAUGAUACUUGGUUGGAGUGAGGAGUCUUCCUUGAGUUCUGAAAAACUGACUGUUUAUGGACGUUUAAUAACUUAUUUACUUGAUCAAACAAAUGCAAGAGUUAUAGCUGCUAUUAAGCCUUUGCUUCAGAAGAUUCACUUUUAUGAGGCUGUAGCUAAGCUUCAAGCCGUUACUGCAAGAAUUACUAAAAGUCAACCCCGACCUUUGUCAAAAGAUGAAACUGAUAUGAAAAAUGAUAUAGAUUCUGAAACCAAAGAGAAAAAGUAUACAGUAGAUGUUAACAUCAGCAAUAAAGAUAUGAGUGAUUUAUUGGCUGUGCUUUCAACUGUUCAUGAAGUACUUGAAAAUGGAAACUCAAUUAUAAGACAGCCAAAUCUCCAAUCAUUUCCUACUACAGCUCGCUUACAUGAUAGAAACAUGCAGGAUUGUUAUCAAGUAAUAGUUCAUCUUUUGCAACGGCGUCGCUUUCUCGAAUCAAUCUUGGUGCUUGCUUCAUCACCACUUUUUUGUGAAACAGAGGUUUAUGCAGCUAUAAGAGAUUUAAUAUUCCUCCUCAUAUCUUCUAACAAAGGUCUAUUGCUUUUGGCUUCUCAACCAGUUAUUUGUAAUGCUUUGAUUCGAACUCUUUUGUCUGAUGAUGGUGGUGAUUUAAGUUACAUGCCUACACUAAAGCAAUAUCGAAUGAACAUUAAUACAGCAGAAGGAUGUAUGCCACAUCAUCUUGGAUUGCUGCUUGUGUAUCAUUUACAAGCACUUCAAUGUGUUGAUAAAAUUUUACUAACCGCAGUCACAGAUUUAGAUGUGCAAAAUAUGGACAGUGCUGAACAUAUCUCUGCUCUUCAUACAUUGUAUUCAAUGACGUUUACAUCUGUAGGAAGAGAAUCAGUGUCUUCUGUACUUUCUUUUAACUCAAACAUCAACUGUCUUUUACCCUUUCUUACUGGUGGUGAAAAUUUUGAAACUAAAAUAAAGAAAUCUGUGGCCAGUCGAUAUUCUGCUAUUUUAUUGAACAUUACCUUGCAAUUUUCCCAUGAAGUUGAUUGGUUAAGAGUGUUUAAAAAAAAGCUGUUAUCUAUUCCAAAAAAAGAAAAUGAUAACACACACGAAGAUAUCCAUCAUUAUCUUGCUUCCUUAGAAAAAGUUGAAAGCUUUGAUAUCCAUGCUAUUUCACCUUUAGUAGAGUUUGUAAAAUCAGAAAUGGAUGAAAUGAAGCUAGGAACAGGAACUACAAGAAGUCUGCUGCUUGCUAUGCGUAUCCUUUAUGAUCUUAUUAACAACAAAGAAAAUGAAAAAGAUGAGCAAAUUGACCUGCAGGGAAGAUUAAAUGUAAUUGAAAUGUUUUCAUCGAAUGCAAUGGAAAUAUUCAUUCUUACAUUUCACAAAGUCAAUGAACAGUUGCUCCUUCCUUGGAAACAAAAUCAAUCAUUUUCGAAUGAAAACUGUUUCAUACUAGUAAAUAUUGCCAAUUAUUUACUUGGAAUAACUAAAGUUUUGUUAAAACAUUUGCUGAUGACUUCAUUUUGCUUUCAAGAUAUUCGACUAAUCCAAGAGCUGUUUGUUCUGCACAAGAUACUUUGCUCAAAAACACCUGUAGGUUUGUUUUCAACAAUGCUGGUGAAGAUGCAAGAAGAAAUAAUCAAUAUAUUGAUUCUGUUUUUACAAGGAACUGAAAAAACUCCUGAAUCUGAAGAUGAUGUAAAGAAAAGCACAUGGUAUAUUUUGUUAAAAGAACUUUUAACUUUUCUUGUCAUAAGGCCUGAAAACUUUGUAACUGGAUUAGUUCUUCUUUCUGAACUUCUUCCUACACCGCUGCCUAUUCAUACACUAUGGGAUAUACAACAAGAAGAACUAGCAAAAGUAAUGAGCUGUCGCUAUCUUGCCAUGGUUAAUUUUAGUUGUCUUGGGUCUGAGCUCAAAACUGUUAUUAAAACACUUGUGGGUUCUUGUUGUUCUGUUCUGCAAUAUUAUUUACGUCGAUCACUGUGUCAACUCAUUGAUUUGGGAUCAUCUGUGUCUGGAAUUGUUAUUAGAACUCUAUGUGAAAUGGUUGAUGAAGGUAUAAAUAAAAGUAAAAAAGAAAUUGAAGAGCCCUCUAUUGAUGAAAAUAGCUUAAAAAAGAAGUUUUCCAUAAAUUUAAUAUAUAAUGCUUUUUCCAUCCUCUCUUAUCUUGUAACUCAACCUGGUGGCAAAGCUGCGUUUUUAAAUCUUCUCUCAACAACACAAGAUAGUGUGACUGAGUUUCCAGACUUUAUAACAAAACUUAUUAAUGUGGCAGACAAGGAAUGCGACUUCAAUUAUCUUGGCAAUAGCUUGCUACCUUUGUUUCAGUCAAUAUGUGACCAUGAAAUUUGUCUUGAUGACUUUGAUGGAAUUAUCACAAUGGGCCAUCUCUCUAAUAACAUGCCUGAUGAAGCAAACACUAAAGCAAUAGUUGAACUACUCUUUGCAACUUUGAAUGAUGACAAAUAUCCGAUUCCUAUUGUAAUGCGUUCGUUAAAUAUUCUAGAUUCCUUAACUGAUCAUGACUAUGGAAUGAACAUUAUAAUCAACUACUUAAUUAAAAAAGGUGAUUGCUUGAAUACAUUUUUAAGUCGUCUUAUAUCAGAGGCUAAGAAUAAAUCUGAAGGACUUGUAAUUUAUAAUGCAGUUUCUUCUUUCUUUGAUUUCCUAAAUCUCAUAAACACAAAUGGUCCAGAAGAUUAUUUAAAACCUGAUGGAGAAGAAAUAAAAACAGAAAAAGUAGAAACUGUCGAAAAUCCUGAAAAUGCUGAAUAUAAAAAAGAUUCGAUUCUGAAGAGAAGCAUAAUAGUAAGCGCUAGCUUGCUAAAGAAGAUUUUCAGACUUGACGAUAAAAAUACAAGUGAGCAUCCAAUGACAAAGCUUGAAAAAAUUAUAGAGGAGGAGAGCAAAGAUGAUGAAGAUCUUAUAUUGCUUAGUGAAACUAUCACAACUUUUCGCAUGAUAUUAAUUGCUGCUGGAGAACAAGAUCAAAAAGAUGAAUAUAAGUCAUACCAACUUUGUACUCCUGAUUCUUUGCAAAUGCAGUUUAGUAAUAGAAUGAAAUCUCUUUUAAUGAAUAGUAUUGAUGAUGACAGGGCUACUGCUAAUGACUGGUUUGAUGAACCUGCGCCAGAUGAUGUAGACUCAGAUACAGAAAAUGAUUUGGUAAAAAUUGACAUGCUGAGUAUUGCUACAAAAUUUUUACCGACUUUUAACUUUAAAGAAGAGGUAGAAAAAGGGUUUGUUGAUACGACUGAAGCUAAACGGUCAAAAAGGUCAAAGCGAGAUGGAUUCUUUCGUGCUGGUCAGCCUAUCGACGAUGCUAAAAGAUUGCGUCUUGAUGUUUCAGCUUUGUCAAGUCCGAAUACGGCUAAUCGUGGCAAUGAUAGACUUAGAGGACGAGGCGGGCGCGGGUCAUUUGGACGUGCAGGAUACAAUAAUAGAGGAGGUUUUCAAAGAGGAACACGUGGCUUUGGGCGUGGUAGAGGAAGAGGUCGUGGCGUUAGUGAUAUUGACAGCUUUCGUUUGCGUCGGCAAAACACAAGUCGUCCACCCUCGAUGCAUGUUGAUGAUUUUAUGAACAUGGAGAAAGCUGGUCAAACUGUCAUGAAUCAACCAGAGCAGACAAGUUCGCCAGCAUCAAAUGAGCGUUUUUCAAAUAACAAUGCAAACACUGGUGGCACUCAAAGUCGUUGGAGUGAUACUCGUUCAACCGGAGAUAAUUUUCGUAGAGCAAAUGAUGGCAGUUCUCGACAUAACGAAUACAACAGCAGACAAAACUCAAAUAGCAGUAGAUUUCACAAUCGAUCAAAUUCGGAUUGGUACAACACAAACUACCGUGGAACCCGCGAUGGAACUUACCGCUCUUCAGCGCGAGGUGGAGGAGGGGGUGAUAGCAACAAUAGGGUUGGUGCUGGUAGCGGAAGUGGAAGUUACUGGGCUGCUCCGAAGACUAAAGAUGAUGAACGGUUUUUUACGGGUUAUCGCAACAAUCGUGGAAAUAGACAUCAAAGAACGUUUACUCGAUAGCAUCAGUCAUAUGAUACUGUUUUAUAAUUCUAUGUUUUAAAAUUUUAUUA